GGCCGUUUCCUGUCGGCUGUUGUCACGUGACCCAAAGGGGGGGGGAAACAAAAAACGGGGGCUUGGGAGGAGGAGGAGGGCGCGGGACGGCGGCGACGGAGACGACGAGGCCGGUACAGCUCGAUCCCCCUCCCCCCCCAUCAUGGCGUCCUCAUCAACCCCUAGAUGUAACUCAAAUUCCUUCGAGGGCUCCUCAGUUAAAAAGCCUAUGAAAGAUGGAACUAACUGGGAACGCAAUGAAGAAAUACCUCGUCUACCAGGGGAAACCAGAGGGACAGACAAAGAAGUCAUUUACAUGUGCCCAUUUAAUGGACCUGUUAAAGGAAGACUAUACAUAACAAACUACAGGCUCUACUUGAGAAGUGUGGAAUCGGAUCCAGUGGUAACAGUGGAUGUCCCUUUGGGUGUCAUUUCAAGGAUUGAGAAAAUGGGAGGCGCUUCCAGCAGAGGAGAGAAUUCCUAUGGGCUAGAUAUUACUUGCAAGGAUAUGAGAAAUUUACGUUUUGCAUUGAAACAAGAAGGUCACAGCAGAAGAGAUAUAUUUGAGGUCCUGACCAAAUGUGCUUUUCCACAGUCAUAUAACUCGCCUUUUUUUGCAUUUGCAAACGAAGAGAAGUUUUCUGAAAAUGGCUGGCUAGUCUACAAUCCCAUGGUUGAAUACAGGAGACAACGUCUGCCCAAUGAACAGUGGAGGAUAACGUUUCUCAAUGAGCAUUAUGCACUUUGUGACACUUACCCAUCCCUCUUGGUAGUGCCAUAUAAUGCCACAGAUGAAGAUCUCAAGAAGGUUUCUGCUUUCAGGUCCCGAGGUAGAAUUCCUGUGUUGUCGUGGAUCCAUCCCGAGAACCAAGCCGUUAUCACACGCUCUAGCCAGCCACUUGUUGGUAUGAGUGGCAAAAGAAACAAAGAUGAUGAAAGGUAUCUGGAGCUCAUCAGGGAAACAAAUGGCCAGCUCUCCAAACUGACUAUUUAUGAUGCAAGACCCAGUGUUAAUGCUGUAGCCAAUAAGGCAACUGGAGGAGGUUAUGAAAGUGAUGAUGCAUAUACCAACGCUGAGCUGGUUUUCCUAGAUAUUCAUAAUAUUCAUGUCAUGCGGGAAUCCUUGAAAAAGCUUAAGGACAUUGUUUACCCUCAUGUAGAGGAAUCUCACUGGCUAUCUAGCCUGGAGUCCACCCACUGGCUUGAACAUAUCAAGCUUGUUUUAACAGGUGCUAUUCAAGUAGCAGACAGAGUCUCCUCUGGAAAGAGUUCAGUUUUGGUACACUGCAGUGAUGGUUGGGACCGUACAGCACAACUCACCUCUCUAGCUAUGUUGAUGUUGGACAGCUACUACCGGACGAUUGUGGGCUUUCAAGUUUUGGUGCAGAAAGAAUGGAUAAGCUUUGGACACAAGUUUGCUUCGAGAAUUGGUCAUGGAGACAAAAAUCAUGCUGAUGCUGACAGGUCACCUAUUUUCCUCCAGUUCAUUGACUGUGUGUGGCAGAUCUCUAAACAAUUCCCUACAGCUUUUGAAUUCAAUGACCAAUUUUUGAUUGCAAUUCUGGAUCAUUUGUACUCCUGCCGCUUUGGUACUUUCUUGUAUAAUUGCGACUCUGUAAGAGAGAAAGAGAAACUGAGCGAAAAAACUUUAUCUCUGUGGUCCCUGAUAAACAGUGCGAAAUCAAAGUAUAUCAAUCCCUUUUAUUCUAAAGAAUUAAAUCGUGUUCUUUAUCCAGUAGCAAGCAUGAGGCACUUGGAACUUUGGGUCAAUUAUUAUAUUAGGUGGAACCCAAGAAUCAGGCAACAACCAAAUCCAGUGGAACAGCGUUACAUGGAGCUACUGGCAUUACGCGAUGACUACGUGAAACGACUAGAAGAACUGCAAAUUGCGAACCCCAAAUUUCCCAAUUCCUCCUCAUCUUCUUCACAGAUGAUGUCGCACGUGCAAACUCACUUUUGAAGGAGUUGGAUUAUUUUCUUUGAACAUUGUUAAAAGUGGUGCUUAUUCUGAUGUAUUGGACAAGAGGAAAACAUUGAUGCCUUAUGUAGAGUUUUUUUCCUAAAAUCUUUGUCCCUAUAGGAGAGGAUUUGAACACAAGUGGGCUUUUAAAAAUUGAUUUAUGUGCCUUUCACAAACUUUUGCCUGGGAAAAUGUCAUCCAGCUAGUACUUAUAUCUUUAAAGGUAUUUUUCCCCUUCCUACUGCAAUCCAAAUAGAUAUAGCUAAUGCUUCCAAUAAUAGCCAUCAUCUUUUUUUUUAAAGACAGUAUGAAUUCAUUUUUGGCUAUAGGCUCUCCUGCUCAGACUUAAAAUGCAUGUUUAAGUUCAUAUAUUGAGCAAAGUGUCAUUGAUGCCAAUGAGAAAUUUGCUGAAUCAUAUGCACAUGUAAGAAGCCUGUGGUGUAAGAAGCAGAGUCGUUAAGGGCACAUGCUCUUGAGGAUCAAUUACUGUGUGGACUAGUUUUAUAUGGUUUCUUACUUAUUUCAGUGAUAGUGGUAAGCUAUCAUGACUUAAAUUUGUGCCUAUUCAGAGCAGCAGCCUUAUGAGAUGGAACAUAAUGUGUGAGCUUGUAUAACUUGUUCCCAUAAUAAAUUAGUAUUUUUCUCAAAUAUAUUAAAUAAUAUGCAGAAAAUAGGGAGUGCACUGAAAAUAUUUAAAUGUUGCAGAUCAUUCAGGGUGCUGUCUGCCUUCAUGUUAGUCUUUUGUUAAAUUUUAUAAUUCCUUUCAGGAAUCAUUCUAAAACAUUACAAGCACUUGUGAAGUAAGCACAGACCUUGCAACUUGAUAUUUCAAUCCACAUUUUGUUUAGGAUUAUUAAGUUUAUUAAGUGAUAUUUGGUCAGUUCAGAAUAUCUUGAAGCAUAGGAUUUGUGAAGAACUGUUUGCAGCUAACAUGACUUAUUUUCAACAUAUUUGACACUUUGAGGGUGUUUGUCUACCAUUUGUAAAUUAUUAUAUGUGUAAUUUUUGAUCUACAAAAUGUAAGCUGGCAAGGAUAUCAUAGGAAUAAUUUGUAAAUUAAUUUGAAAUGUUCUGAGUAUUCUUUUCUUUGUAAAGUGUAAAUAUUUUAGGUUUCAAAGACUGAAGACAAAGUCCAUAAAAUACUAUAAAUUUAUUAGUUUUAGAGGACAUUGGGAUAUUUUGGAAAUAGUAUAUUUUCAUUAAAAGAAAAACAGAGCACAUUAAUACAGUUAAUAGUAUACUGAGAAAUUUGCACUACUUCUUCAGGGAUAGACUGAAGUACUAGUAAUAAAUUCCACUAGUUGAUGCAUGAUUUAUUUCCUUCCACUUGAUACCUGUCUUCUAAAUUUCACACACUCGUAAUUCUUUUGUCUUUAUCUCAUUGCACAUGUACAUGGCUUGUUGUUUUCUGUAAGGGAAACAAAUCUGAGAGAUGAACUGCAUAACUUGAAUUACAAGGAAACUCACGUAUCCCAUCAACCUAUUCUAAAUGACCGAGCAUAAAACUCUGAAAAACUAUGCAGACUGAUAUAACUGCCUUUUGUUUGCCUGCAGUUUAUAAGCAUCUCAUUUUUCAAAGGAACCCUUAAAACAUCAUGUAUGUUUCAUACUGUCUAGUGUGGAUUAAUUGCUAUCUUGUUUGUUUUUACUAAGUAAAACACUACACGCUCAGCUGGGGAUGGGGGGGGGGUUGCGGGAAAGCGGGAGUAUUGUAAAACAGAUUUAAAUACAUUUGCCUUCACAUCUGCAUACCAUUGAUUGAUGUUUCUAUGACCACAGGUGAUGCUGUGUCCUGAAUUCUAGAGAAUUUAAUGUUUGGGAAAGUAUAACUUGAUUUUUUAAUACCUGCUUAAGUCAUAUGAAAUAAAAAAAGCUGAACAUUUUUUAUGCCUCUUUUCUGGGUAGCAAACAGCCCAAUCCUAUACACAAUUCCAGGGUGCCCACACUAUACUGAACAGAAUUCAGUCAAACCUCGGUUUGCUACCACUUCGGUUUCUGACCACCGCGGACCCAGAAAUGUUUACAUCUGGGUUCCACGGCGCUCGGAUGCACAGAAGCGAUCUGCGCAGCGCGUGCGGGAACAGAAGCGCUCUAUCGGCACUUUACGCAUGUGCAGAAGCAUGCCUUCGGCGAGCGACCGAUUUGGGGAGUGACUGGCUCCGUGGAAUGGAUUGCAGUCGCAAACCGAGGUAACACUGUUUAUUGAACCACCUCCGAGGAAGGUCUGAAGGGUGGUGAUAAAGAAGAGGCCUUCUCUGCAGCAGCCCCAGUUUAUAGAAUGCUCUUCCCAGGUGCCUUGGGCCUCCCCACCUUCCGAAGAACUGGAACUCCUAGCUUUCAUUCUUCCAAAGGCUUUAAUGCUUAAUCAGAUCAGUACAUUAGACAAACUACAGCUUACAAGGUUCAGAACGUACACCAGAGGUAAGAUACAUGGCUAAGUGCAACCUUAAUACAUUGAUCUAACAAGCCCAGGGGUCAGCAACCUUUUUCAGCCGUGGGCAGUUCCACCGUCCCUCUGACCAUGUGGUGGGCCGGACUAUGUUUUUUUGGGGGGAAAUGAACGAAUUCCUGUGCCCCACAAAUAACCCAGAGAUGCAUUUUAAAUAAAAGUACACAUUCUACUCAUGUAAAAACAUGCUGAUUCCAGGACUGUCCGUGGGCUGGAUUAAGAAGGCGAUUGGGCCGCAUCCGGCCCCUGGGCCUUAGGUUGCCUCCCCCUGCAACAAGCAGUACAACCUUCUGUACCUUUAUUUUGGAGUGUGGGGCAGGUAAAGCUGUUUGCAUGACAAGAAGCUGGAGUUCUGGGACUGGGCACUCCACAUGGGCUGUCUCUGCAAGGUUGCUCAUGCUGGCUCUGACAUAUCUCUGGAGGUGGGGUCAGGAUCAGAUUUACUUCUAGUUGCCUCCCCAGAGGAGUUGCCUCACGGAAAGGAUCAGGCAGUCUCCCAUCCUGUCUAGGGAACCACCCACUAAGAGUAUAUUCUCCGGUUGGCACCCUCCACAUCUCAUUUGGAGAGGGCCCAUGGAGAAGGACCUUGGAUGGCUAACGCAUGGUCUAGAUUGGUUCAUAUGGGAAUAUGUAGUAUUGAGGUACUGGGGUUCUGAGCCACAAGGCUUUAUAGGUCUCCACCAUGUUUCUUGCUAUAACAUUAAUGAUCACCAAGCUUUGUAAGUGUAAAAGUUACAGCUAUAUUGGGCAUUCUUAAUUUGGUUAGUGGCUUGCUGACUGAAAUGGGCUAGUAUGUUAGAAAUUUGAUUUUAAGUGCCUGAAUUCAUUUUGAAGCUGUACACCUUCAUCAAACAGUUAAGUGCAUGUGACUAGCAGCUGUGUUUAUUUUUAGCAUAUGCGUUUCCUUUCUGCUCUGCCACAUGUAAAAGAGGAGGAUGUUACAAAAUCUAAGGCGUACAAUGCUGGUGAGAGGUACAUUACCUGUUGUUUUCACUAAUAGUAUUAUGGUGAGGAGUGCUCUUAAUUUAAAUCAAGGAUUGGUAGCUCCCAAGAGCUAAUCUUCUGUAUUAGCUUCAGCAUCUCAGGCAGAGAACAUCAACAAACUAUCUGGGGAUUCUGAUGGUCCUUUGUGAUUUCCGCUGUAACUGGUUAGCAAAUUCAGGAAAUCUUACG